CGCAUGCAAAGUUUUUCCCUCUUUCUUCCGGUUGCCAACACUAAGGCAAGGUGAGUGUUGUGGUUAGACCGCAUGGUUUUAGCUAUUAUAUUAGGAGAAAUUGAAAUCUUAAGUGCAUAAACAGUGCUAAAACAGGAUCCAAGAUGCGUUCCGUCACAUUGAAAGAUGUUGAACAAGACAAAGUUGUCAAGACAGUUGCUGCCCACUUGAAAAAGACGGGCAAGGUUAAGGUUCCAGAACACAUGGAUCUGGUUAAAACCGGUCGCUUCAAGGAACUGGCACCCUAUGACCCCGACUGGUUCUAUGUGAGAUGUGCAGCUGUAUUACGUCACAUCUACAUCAGAUCACCAGUCGGUGUGAAGACUGUGACCAAGAUCUUCGGUGGCCGUAAACGUAACGGCAUCACACCCUCACACUUCUGCAGAUCAUCUGGCAGCAUUGCUCGUAAAGCUCUGCAAGCCCUAGAAGCUCUUAAGCUGGUAGAGAAGAUCCCAGAUGGUGGACGAAUCCUCACCGUCCAAGGCAGACGUGACCUUGACAGAAUCGCUGCACAGGUCCGCCUCAAGGCCAAGCAAGCCGCCAAGCAGAGUGUGAUUGUUCUGUAAAUUUAAAAUAAAUAAUUAUAACUAA